UUUGAUUGUCUAAUUUGUUGUGCAAUUUUUGUUGAUUAAUUUAUUGAUUAGUUUAAGAGUUUUAAUUGUUUUCUUUUUUAAAUAUUAAUAUGGUUCUAUUACAAUCAUGUUCUCAACCGAAUCGGGUGAGAUUCAGUUCACGAUAAUCAACUGUUAGGGCUUUUCCUUUGGUUUAUUUUGCUCUGUGUAACGAAUGUCAAUUAAUUCAGUGAAAUUGAUUUCUACUUCUAAAUCAUUAAUGAAUUCUUGGCAGUUACUUCGAACUCAAUUUCGAUAUGGUUCACAAUUUUCACCUCUUUGUUACAAGGUUUUCCUUGGUUCAAACAUAAAUCACGUCAAAACGUUUUCAUCUUCCUCAUCUUCAUCUGCUUCCAGUUUUGGGACUAUAAAUGAAAAUAACCAACGAUGGAGGAAAGUACCUUUAAUGAUGGUUGGAUUAUUAGUCGGAGGUGCGGCAGUUUAUGCCUUUUAUAAUGAUGAAAAUCGUAAAUUGGAAGCUUUCACCAAAAUGGCGAUCACAGAUUCUCCAGAUAAAGGAAAGAGAUCAUUCCAAGAUCGAACAGUAAUUGAAUACGAGAACCGAAUCAGAACCUAUUCUACUCCCGACAAGAUCUUCCGUUACUUUGCAACCAUUAAAGUAGUUUAUGAUGACCAUGAAUCUGAAGUAUUCAUGACUCCCGAUGACUUCCUAAGAGCUGUAACCCCUGGAAUUAAACAGCCCGAGAAUUUGGGUUUGGAAAAAUUUCGAAGAGUUGAAGUUGGAAAGGACAAAGGAGCAAUUAAUGAACUUCUUGCUGCUACAAAGCGAACCGAAGCGACAUUUGACUUUGGCCUUAAACGGGACAGUAUCUUUUAUCGAUUGAGCUCAUUUGGAUUAAUCAAUUACUCUGAUUUCCUAUUUCUACUGACCCUUCUUUCAGUUUCCCAUCGUCAUUUUAAAAUUGCUUUUCGUAUGUUUGAUCUCAAUGGUGAUGGAAAUGUUGAUUACGAGGAGUUUGAAAAGGUUCAGAAUGCGAUUCUUCAUCAAACUAGUAUUGGACAAAAAUUGGGUUCGUCGAUUAAGACCAAUUACCGAGGUGUCAGUUCCGCUUUGGCGAAAUACUUUUUUGGACCAGAAUUGAAGGAAAAAUUAACUAUUCAAAAGUUUCUCGACUUUCAAAAGCAGCUACAAGAUGAAAUGUUAACUCUAGAGUUCGAUAGAAAAGGACCAACAGCGGAAGGAAAAAUCUCAGAGACAAAAUUUGCCGAAUUAAUGAUCGCCUAUGCUGGUUUUCCAGAGAAAAAGAAACGAGCUAUGAUCAAGAGAAUUAAAAAAGCUUAUCCACAAUCAACGGCCACUAAUCCAGAUCGAGGAAUUACUCUGGAUGAUUAUUUGAUUUUCCAUCAUUUCUUACAGAAUAUCAAUGAUGUUGAUAUAGCAUUAACUUUCUACAAUAUUGCCGGAGCUUCAAUCGACGAAGACACUUUUCGUCAUGCGGCAAAAACGGUAGCCAAUGUCGAGCUUCGAGAUCAUUUGAUUAAAGUGAUCUUUAUAUUAUUUGAUGAAAAUCAGGAUGGACAACUCAGCAAUAAAGAAUUCAUUGCCGUGAUGAAAGAGCGUCUUAAACGUGGCCUGGGUCGGCCUAAAGACACGGGAUUCGUCAAGGUGAUGUCCGCAAUUUGGAAUGCAAUGAAAAACGAGCUAUUUUAAUUGUUAACAAUCAACUCACAACCAAUCACACUCAUCACACUAUUUGCCAUAAAAGUUGUUACACUUUAUCCAAUUGAAUCAAAUUUGGAUUCAAACAACAAAAGCCUCUAACCAAUAUCACCUUUACUCUCUAAAAUUAAUCCAACAAUUAAUUCACUAACUUGCAAUCACAAUUAACCCUUAAUCCAAAUUGUAUCGCUAUUGUUAAUUUUUUUUCUCCAAAUUAUCUGUUGUUUUUUUCGUCACCUUUAAAUUAAAUGUAUUUACUGUUGAACUCACAA